UUAUCAAGUGUUCGUUUUAAUUGAUUACAGUGAAUUUCCGAUCGUUUGGAUAAGUGAUUUCAGCGAAGUCUCGAAGUCAAUGGUGAAGUGUUAGCCGAUCGGUGAGAUUGAAAAGUUGACCGAGUCUGAUGAAGUUAAUUGAAUAUUUACAAAGAUCAACUAUGUAAACAAGUGUCGAUGGUUAAAUUGUUUGUGUCCACUUGCAACCGAAUCAACAUUUGAUACUUGAAAUUUUGGGUUAAAGUUUAAGAUAAAAAGGAUAUUUGAAUUUCAUUGGUCAGUUGAUAUUCGUCUUGGCCUAAUGGACUUUUGAACGAGUUUUUCUAUAUUCGUAUUUUCAUUUUUUUUUCAUCUCAAUCAGUUUGAUUGCUCGUUUGCUUUGGUUAAGUUUUCACAACUUUUUCUUUCUCAUUGUUUUUCAUCAUGUCUUUUACACAACAAAUGAAAUUAGCUCUUCUUGAGGCUUUUGUCGACAAUGACCGAUCUUUUGAAGCGGCUAUUGACCAUAUUCACCGUGUUUAUGGAAGAGACAAUUGUCCAUCCGAUCAAAUCUGUAUAAUGUUCAUCAAUGCUUUACUUUUAGAUGAUGACACAAGUGAUUCAAGUUCAGGUCAUAAUUCAGAUAUGGAAGAGAAUGAAUCUAAUGAUGAAGAAAAUGAAGAUCACGGGGUUUCAUGGCCAGUCCAACAUGGAAGUGACCAUGGCAGUGACAAUGAAGGUGAAAGUGACAAUGAUAUUAUUGAACAAAGUGCUCAAUUUGAGCAACUACAUGUUGACCCUUCAGCAUUUGAGGCCUUGAAAUCGUUUUUCAAAGAUAAUCCAGAAGGGACCAUAGCCGAAGCUCAGACUGCAAUCGGUGAACAAGAUGAUUGGGUUAAAUUGUUAAAGAAAUAUUUCAUUAAUCAGAAUCCAAUGUACAUUCGUAUCUUUCAUCACCCCGAAAGUGAACAUUAUACUUUGAGAAAAACUUUUGCUGACCGAUUGCUCGAUUCACUUGGAAGUGGACAAAUUUCCCUUGAGAACCUCGUCUUUGCUGAUUAUUGUACUUUCAAUUCACAUCGAUCAGUUCAACGACAAACGUACAAAUUUUUUGGACAUUAUCCUCCAUAUUAUGUUCGGCUUCGUUGGCAUCCAAUAGCUGUCAAAAUUUAUGCAGCGAUGUCUUUGAACUUUUUAAUUAUCAAUUUUGUUGAUGGUUCAACCAGUUGUGAUGAUGAUGGUUCUUGUCUCAUCGAUACGAUUAAGAUCAAUUUCAAUAAUCGAGAGGAUAAAUUGUGGUAUGUUCAGGAUGGAAAUGACCUCAACUCAACAGAUCUUCAUCAAACUCUACGCGAAUGUUUCGAUGAACGAGUUAUCGGAUUCGAAAAUUCUCAAUUCUUUGGCGGUGGAAUCGUUUUCCCACCUAAUUCGCCUUUCAUUUCACCUUGUGAUUUCUUUUUGUGGGGUCACAUCAGGAAUCACGUAUAUAGAACAAAAAUCACUUCAUUGGUACAAUUAAGAGAAGCCAUUGUUAAUGCCGCUUCGACCAUCACACCCGAAAUGAGGAGAGAAGCAAUUAGAGCGACAAUUAGAAGACUCGAAUUCGUAAGGAUUACAAAUGGCGAAGAAUCAAUUAAUGUCUAUAUGUAAUUCACAUUUCAUUUUGUUUCACAAAUUAAUCACAUUUUUUUUCAAUUUAUUACAAUAAAUGAAUUAAAUUUGUCGUCAAAAAUUUACAA